UCCCCGCGCAUUCUCAAGCCUUAUCGCCCAAUUUCCCGCCAAUAUAAGAUCCUUGCCUGCUCCGGCGAUCGCCGCAGCCCUGAACCCUCACAGGAUGCCGAGGAAAGCAGCUCACGGCGCCACCGCCGCCAGCAAGAAAGCAGCGCCCACCGCAACCGCCGCCAAAAAGAAAUCCGCGUCCACCGCCGGCAAGAAAGCCGCGCCCGCCGCCGGCAACGGCAAGGAAAGAGCAGCGCCAGCCGCAAGCAAGUACUGGCUGCUGAAGACGGAGCCGGGGGAGUGGUCGUGGUCGGACCAGGCGGGCGCGCCGGGCGGCGUCGGGCCGUGGGACGGCGUCCGCAACCACCAGGCCAUGAACAGCCUCCGCGCGAUGCGCCGCGGCGACCGCUGCCUCUUCUACCACUCGGGCGCCGGCGCCGCGUCCCGGCGCGUGGUGGGCGUCGUCGAGGUCGCCAGGGAGUGGUACGAGGGCGAGGAGGGGGCCGGCGGCGCCGUGGACGUGCGGGCCGUCGGGGAGCUCCGGAGGCCCGUGUCGCUGGAGGAGAUCAAGAAGGCGGCGGCGGCGGGGGAGGUGGAGGGGAUGAAGGACUUCGCGCUCAUCCGCCAGGCCCGGCUCUCGGUGAUGCCCGUGCCGGUGGAGGUCUGGGACUGGGUUUGUCAGAUGGGGGGUGGCUUUGUGCAGGACGGGGAGGUGGGAGAAGAAGCAGAACAGGGUUGAUAUGCUCUGUACUCUGAAGAUGCAGGUAAGUUAUGCCGUGGGAAAGACCAUUUUGUGGUGUCUUUUGGCCUGCAAGUGCAAGAGAAUGGUAUUUUGAGGAGUAUUUCAGUGACAUUUUGUGUAUCCUAGUCUCUAGUGUUUGCCAUCUUUGCGCCACAGUUUUUAUCCACUAGCUGGUCGAUGUAAGUUCAGUGGUCGAUGCUAGCAUGUCGCAAGAACAGUUGUUAUCUUAGGGCUUUGAGAUCCAUCAAGAAGUCGUAUGCUGUUCUUUGUGGCUGUAUGGAUAUGCUGCUCACUGAAUUUUCGAGCAGGUGGUUUCAUUCUGUCGAUGCUAUGGCACUCAUAUAUGGUCU